AUGCAAAGAGAAUUAGACGAUUGCUCGAGCAGGACAGAGCCGGAUGAGGGAGAAGUCUUGCUGGAAGAAGAAGAUGGGCUUUCGGAAGCAAAGGGAACAAGCGUAAGAUUUUUGGACUUGCUUGUGAUUGAGAAGUCCUAUGAAUACAAGCUUAGGAAGUACAAGGGGAGAAAGGUUCCCAAUGAGUCGAUGAGCUAUGAGGUGGAUGACCAAGCCAAGUUCAGGAACAGCAUGACAUACGCAAGGGACAAUAGCACAACACUCCAGGCACUUUCUGGAUCCACAAGGAGUACUGGGCUGAGGCAGUAUCUCAAAAGGAAGCAGCUUGAGAAGGAGAUAUCAAGGCGGAAGGUCUUCAGGGACUCACUGGAGGAGGUUGAGGAGAUCAAGUAUCCAUUUGACCUUGUUGAGUGGGAAAACAAUAUUGUGUACGACACCGACAGAAUUGGAUCUGCAGGGGCUCUAGACACUGUAACGACUGAAUUGGUAGACAGCAUCUUGGAGGAUGACUGGGAGAAGUAUGUGGUUGUGGAUGAGAGUGACCUGAAGAACCACAAGUCGUUUCUCACUCUCUAUCUGGAGGAUCCCAAUCUGAUUUUCGAGAAGAUUGAUGAGAAGAAGCAGGCAAGGCCCAAGAAGAAGCAGAAAGAGGUUUUCUCUGUGGACAAGCCUCUGAAGGGAAAGUACAACAUAUCGCUUGACAAGUACUAUGGGCAGGAAUCGAAGGCAAAGAACAGUCUUGGGACGUUUGGUGUCCAGCACUCUCUCCCUGCACUACGACUGGACCCGAUGUUUUACAAGAACAAUCACACGAAGGAGGAGCUUAGAAACUUCCAUAGGCCAAGGUUUGUGCUGAGUGGAAGUGGGAUAAGAUUCAAGGCGAUGGAGAGCACACGAAACAAAGCCCAAAGCAUUAUAAAGAAGUCUGGGGAGUUAACUAUCAAGGAUGGCAGUCCAUUCUCGCUGUUUGAGUAUUCCGAGGAGGAUCCGUUCUUCCUUGUGAACUCUGGAAUGGUGAGUCUACUCAAUAUAUAUUACAGAAAAAGCAAUGCAAGGGACGAGUAUGCGCCCGACCAGUCGCAAUACACGGUUCUGGACCCGGAGGAUCCUUCACCCUUCUUUGGAUUUGGGGAUGUUGCGCCUGGGACGUCUAUACAGGCACUCACCAACAACUUGUUUAUUGCACCUGUUUUCAAGCACAGCUCUGGAGACUACCUAUGCAUAGUGGAGUCAUCACCUGAUGGAGAGUUCUUAGUAUACAGGGGGAUUGAUAAUCUUUAUUGCGUCGGACAACAGUUUCCACUAGAAGAGGUCUAUGCUCCCCAUUCCAGGAAGCUAAAUAUAUUCUGCAAGAACAGACUCAAGGUUGCUGCAUUCCGACUAUUCAACAGCAAGGAGGGGGGAAACAAGGAGCUUAGAAUUUCACAACUGGAUGAGAUGUUUCCCUAUUUCAGCGAGGGGAGUAAGAGAAAGUGGCUGAAGGAGUAUGCAGACUGUGUGAAGAAGGGAAGGGACAAUGUGUGGGUGUUGAGGCCGAGCUCUGCAUUGCUGGGAGAGGAGGAUCUCAGAAAGCUUGUCACGCCGGAAAACAUAUGCCAAUACGAGAGCAUGUUGGCGGGAGAAAGAAAACUUCAGGAUUCUGGAUACAAGAUGGUGGUUGAAAGUGACGACGAGGAAAACGAGGAGGAAAUGGUUCCGCCGCCGUGGUGCCUUAGCAGGAACUUUGUGAAUGCAUGCAAUGGAAGAGGGCUCCUUGAGCUGAAUGGGCCUGGAGACCCCACCGGCAUAGGAGAGGGAUUUAGUUUUAGAAAGAUCAGGCUGAAGAGAGGAAAUGAGGUUGAAAACAGGAAGAUAAUCAAUGAACACCAGCUGAGAUACAAGGAGGAGAUAGAUAGAAUAUGGAACAAGCAACUUGCAUCUCUGAGCUCUGUUGAGGAAAUUCCAUUUGAUGAGUCGUUCCUUGUUCGGAGACAUAAAGAAGAGAAGAGGAAUCCCGAUCUGCUAAGUGAAGCGACAAUGCUGUCUGACGAGACCUGUAUAACUAUCAAGCGUACCUACAACGAGGGGGAUUCAACGCGUGUGGAGAUUGAAAAGAUAUCUGACCCCCGUGUCAUAAAGGCAUAUCUGAAGGCUCGAAAGAAAAGGAUAUCGGAGGAGAGGAAGGGAGUGCUGACAUGUGGAAACUGCGGACAGGUUGGGCACAUGAAAACAAACAAGGCUUGCCCAAAGUUUGCAUCUGCAACAAAGAUGACCAAGAAGAAGAUUGAAGCAGAAAAGAGAAAGGCCAGGGUUUAUCUUCAAGAGAUUAUGCUUGAUCUUCUUGCCCAAUUCUUCCAAAUUCCAUAUUCUGUUGCAUUCCAUAGGCCUGUAUCCACCAAGAAAUUCCCCGACUACCCCUUGAUUGUAUCCAAUCCGAUUGACCUGACAACAAUAAAGACGAAGGUGAGGCACAACAAGUACAGGAAGUUCAGCGAGUUCUUGGAAGACUUGGAGCUCAUGCAGAAAAACUGUCGCAAGUACAAUGGGGAAGACCAUUCCUUAACCAGGAUUGCAGAUACUAUUGUAGAGACGGGAUAUAAGAGAUACAACGAGAAGCUAGGAGAGGUCCUAGAGGCCGAGAGGGUCUUGAACGGGCUUUUUGAUGAAUAA